CGCCUCACGCCAGAGCUCAUCCUGCGCAGCCCCCAGUUCAUGUCCUGCGUCAAUCAGUAUGAGAUAGACCUGAGGGCAAACAGGGUUGCGGCGAUAGAGAACCUGGGGGCCACAGAGAACCAGUUUGAUACCAUAGACCUGUCGGACAACUCCAUAGUGCGGCUAGAGGGCUUCCCCAAGCUGCCCAGGCUGCAGUGCCUGUACCUCAACAACAACAGGAUCAACCGCAUCGCGCGCAACCUGGAAGAAGCGAUACCGCGCCUCGAGUGGCUGGUCCUUACGAACAACCGGCUGACAAACCUGGUGGACCUGGACUCGCUGUCCACGCUGCCACGGCUCAAGUACCUCAGCCUGCUGGACAACCCCGUCACCAAGCAGCCCAACUACCGGCUCUACGUGGUGUCGCGCUGCAAGAAGCUCAAGAUGCUGGACUUCAGGAAGGUCAAGCAGAAGGAGCGGGAGGAGGCUGCGCGGCUGUAUGGCGAGGCGGCGGAGCAGGCACCGCAGACCUUUGAGCCGGAGGAGGAGCUCAAGCAGGCGGCUGUUGCUGCUGCACGGCCGGCGGCAGAGGAGCCCAGCGUGCGCAAGGGCCCCACCCCCGAGCAGAUCACGGCCAUCAAGGCGGCCAUUGCGGCGGCAUCCACGCUGGAGGAGGUGCGGCGCCUGGAGGAUGCGCUGAGGACAGGGCACCUGCCCUCCGAGAUCAGCAUUGGCGAC